AUGUUUGAUCAAGAUCAAGGCCGGAAGGGUGAAAAGAAGGCGAAGAAGCCGCCAGCACAAGUCCGGCCGAGCUCAAGCAUCAUCCUUCUCUCGCCAACCAAUCAAGUAUUGCUCCUGCACCGAGUGCAGACGUCGAGCUCCUUCGCAUCGGCGCAUGUCUUCCCAGGCGGAAACCUGUCUUCAUUCCACGACGGUCCUCUACCUGCCGUUGAUACUCCAGCGCUGCAUGAAGAUGGCCCGGCGUAUCGACUUGCAGCUAUCCGGGAGACGUUUGAGGAGAGCGGCAUUCUCCUUGCCAAAAGGAUAGGCCAAACCCGGGACCAAGGCCUUCUGCAGAUCCCCGACGAUGUUAGAGAGACCGGCCGGAAGCUGGUCCAUGGGAACACGGUCAAGUUCACUGAAUGGCUGCGAAACCAGGGCGGCGAGCCCGACGUGGAUAACCUCCUCCCCUUCACCCGUUGGAUCACCCCGCACGGCCCGCCCAAGCGCUUCACCACCCAAAUGUACCUCUACAUGCUCCCGCUCAGCCUACCGCCCAGCAGCAACGACCUGCUACAGCACAAGCAGGCGCUAAUCCCCACGCCGACGCACGACGGCGGGCUCGAGCACACGGCCGCAGCCUUCGACAGCACACACACCUGGCUGGCGCGGGCGCGGGCAGGCGAAAUCAUCCUCUUCCCGCCGCAGUACUACCUGCUGCAGCUCAUCGCGGGCUUCAUGCACCCGCCCUCACCACCAUCCUCACCCUCCCCCAAAAAGGACACGGAACCCACCCCGGCAUCAGCAGAGGACUACCACGCCCAGCGCACCGCCCUGCUCGCCUUCCUGCACCGCACGCCCACAUCAUCCCCAUCCCUCAUGGACGACGACGCCACGGACGACGGCAACGACGCGCGCACCAGCACCAGCACUAUCCCGUGGUCGGACAAGGUCAUGAGCCCGUCGAUGCUGUUCGUGCGGCGGCGCGACGGCCGCGUGGUGCUGGGGCUGGACAAGCCGGGGCCGGAGCUGCGCGGCAGCGGGCGCGGCGGGGACGCGGAGCGCGUCGUGCUGGUGCGCUUUGUGGGCGGCGGGCCGAGGGAGGUGGAGGUUAGGGGGCGGGAGGAGGUGGUUAGGGAGGAGAGGGUUGAGGAUGGGGAGGAGGGGGAGGAGGAUGGUGGGGGGGAGGGGACGGGGUCGAAGUUGUGA